AUGCGUCGGGAUUUUCUGGUAGCCGGUAAUGAGCACUUGACUUUCAUUACAGUAGCCGGAGUUGUCGUAGCACGCUUAACACCUGGCCGUUCUGAUCAUUGGAGAGGACAUUCUCUCUUUUCGUUUUUUGUCGCCGCGUUCAGUCCGCUCGACUUAGGGCCAGCAGGUUUAGACAGCGGUGUUGGUCUAGGAAGUAGCGGAACACCAAAUCCAUCCAAGAUCGACGUUGUUAUCCGUAGCCCGGAUAUAUUCGUAAUCAGGAGAGAUGUCCUCCGGGUCAUGUUCGAUCAAAGUUGGGCGGUUAUGUUCUUCUUCGAGGCGUCGCUAAAGGAUUCGCUUAGAGUAUCCCCGUUGAAAUCGUUCCCGGCCUUUAACCGGAGAUGGCGGUCCUAUACUGUUCUGGGAUGGCUUCGGAUUCAAGCAGAGGCAAUUAUUAGGAAUCGCCUGCCUUAUAGCGUGAGUUUGGAAGCCUCUCGCCUUCUGAUCCUGGUACUCGGUCGGCGUUCUCUCCAGAUUGUAGAGGUCAUUCUGUGUCGGCUACGGCUCAUAUUUUCGACGGCCAUAGAGGCCCCCGCGUAUUGGGAGACUACUGAUGUUUCACGCUACUUCCGCCUGCUUCGGUUCCAGAGGUGGUAUAGCUGUCGAGUCCAAGUUUUGCCUGACCACCAUAAGUAUCCCGUGAAAGCCGCGUCCCUCAAUAGCAAGAAGACAUAUGCCCCCCUCAGCGGAGUUGUGCGAGAGACGUACCCAUUUGGUAUUGGAUUCGUCGCCGCUGUUUUGCUCGUGCAGAUAGGCCACCGAUGCUGUUCUUGGAAUAUGAGGCCAGCAGAACGCCAAAUUGAGGAGCAAGCUGUGUCAUGCAAGAUCAGUCGUGUUCAGAGGAGAGCGAAGAAGGAUAGGUACACGAAACCCUCCCCAGGCACAGCUGGCAAUCUGCUGUCCGUGCCUCCCAAAUCUCGUAUGCCUUUUGAUUGGUGCUGUGUCCACUCUCCACGAGACCUCGACGACGGCAACUGCGAGCCUGUGGCCCUACGACAUCUUGUUGCCGGCGAAUUAGGCGACAUGAAGCGAACCUGCGAGUGGCUGGGCGAUUCCUUCUCUGGACGAGUAGGUCAUGCUCCUGAACGAGACCGGGUGGAUUCUGCGUUAAGGAGGAUGGAGCAGGCCACGCUGGACUCGGCAAAGGGAGACUUGGAAAUAUUCAGGCGACAAGCGCGGACACGCGUGCCAGACCGAGCUGCUCACGCUGGGAACGUAGCCGGAGAGACAUGGUGUGAAAAGCAGACUGGCGUAAGUUAUCCCAGGCUAACGCUGCGCAAAUGGGUGAAACGUGGAUCGCAUGUUGAGUUCGGGGUUGGUAAUGAAGACCGUGAUUGA